AUGAAGAGCUUCGAAGAACAGUUGCGCAAACAGGAAGCGCGGAUCCAGACCAUUCUGGAUUCUGCAGCAACAUUGGAGGAAAAGGUGGGAGAUACCUUCCAGGAUAUGAAGGCGCUGCUGGAGGCCAAUAGAUUGGAAAUGAAGACAUUCAUGACUGAUAUGAACAAUCAGUUCAGUACCUUCGUGAGGGGUAUACAUGGAGACAGGGGAAUUCUGGGGAGCCCCAACCACAAUCAAGGGACUCAAGCUGGGAGGUUGAUAGAAGGAGGAACUAGUGGGGAAGCAAUGAUGAAGAAUCACUACACAGUAGCUGUUCCUAGGUUGGAAUUUCCCCAAUUCAAUGGGAACAACCCCAGGGAAUGGGUGAGGAAGUGCGAGAAGUUUUUUCACCUUUGCAGAAUCUCUGAGGAGAACCAGGUGGAUAUAGCAGAGCUACACUUGGAAGGGCAAGCUGAUUUGUGGUACCAAAACUUUAAAAGGAACAAAGGAGGAAUUGCUUGGAGCGAAUUCAAGGAGGAAAUUUGUAGCAAAUUCAAGGAAUUGGGGGAGGAUGAUGUCAUCGAGGAGUUCAACAAGCUUCAGCAGACUUCAUCUGUACUAGCUUACCAGGAAAGGUUUGAGGAACUUAGAGCUUUGGUGUUGGCUAAGGUUCCCAAUCUGUCAGAAUCAUACUACAUUUCCUGCUUCUUGAGUGGACUGAAGAAUGAAGUCAAGACGGCUGUUAAAAUGCACAAACCAGACUUACUGAAGUUAGCCUUUGAGAAGGCUAGGUGGCAGGAACAUCUCUUGAAAGCACUCUCCAAAAACAACAGAGUGCCUUACAAGAAUUCCCUGUCAUCUAGUUGGAAUGGGGGACACAUUGGCGCCAAUGGAAACAGAAGGAUGCAACAAAACAGUACUGAGGAAACAAAAAAAAGGAAUGACUCUCAACCUGUCUUUAAGAAGAUCUCACCCUCUGAGUUUCAAUACAGAAAGGACCAUCAUCUGUGUUUCAGAUGUGGAGAAAAAUUCUCCCCUGGUCAUGCUUGUAAGAACCAGGAGCUUCACAUGCUGCUGGUAGAAGAGGAUGAAUCAGAUAAAGGAGAGGAAGAAGAGGUUAUUGAGUACAGGGGUACUAAUGCAGACCAAGCAGUGGUACUGGCUCUACAUUUGGUUUCAGGUGAGUUGUCUUCUAGCACCAUCAAAAUGCAAGGAAUGUAUGGUGAACACCAACUAUCAGUUUUAGUGGAUGGAGGGAGUACUAACUAUUUUAUCAGACCUGCAAUUGCUCAGUUAUACCCUGAGCAAGUCAGGAAAUUUAAACCUUUCAAAGUCAAAAUUGCAAAUGGAAAGGUUUUGCAUUGUGAUCAGUGGAUACCUCAGAUGAAGUGGGAGAUCCAGGGCCAUCAAUUUAAGCAUAAUGUAUAUGUGUUGGAUCUUGAACCUUAUGACAUGAUAAUUGGAGUUGAUUGGAUGAAGAAAUAUAGUCCCCUGACAUUUGAUUUUAAAGCAUUACAGAUAACUUUUGACAAGGAGGGUGAACAGGUCCUGUUGAAGGGGGACUCCGAGACUGCGCAGGUGAAGCUCAGGAAGGGGGAGGCUGCUGGCAAAGUUAUCAGGCACAAGGUCAGGAAAGCUCUGCAGCAAUCCUGCAUGGUAAAGGUCCACAAUGGCCAGGUGACUAGUGUGCCUAACUCUCUUACUGAUUUACUGGCUGAAUAUGAGGACAUUUUCUCUGAUCCUAAAACCUUACCCCCAUCCAGAGCUCAUGACCAUGAGAUACCACUUAAAGCAGAUGCUAGCCCCUUCAAAAUUGCUCCCUAUAAGUACCCCCAUUCACAAAAGACAGAGAUAGAAAGACAAAUUAAGGAAAUGUUAACCUCUAGUGUCAUUCAGAGCAGUCAUAGUCCUUUUGCCUCUCCCGCCCUCUUGGUAAAAAAGAAAGAUGGCAGUUGGAGACUCUGCAUUGACUAUAGACAACUGAACAGCUUGACCGUCAAAGAUUAA